AUGGCUACCACAGAGAUCCCCAAAACAAUGGAAGCAAUCCGCGUAACAUCCUUCAACAACCCCUACGAAAUCCAAACAAUCCCCGUUCCCUCUCCCACCUCUCUAGCCCCUCACGACCUCCUCGUCAAAAUCGCAGUCGCAUCCUACUGCCACACAGACAGCAUGGUCUCCUCCGGCAUCUUCGCCACAUCCCUCCCCUGCACCGCAUCCCACGAAGGCUCCGGCACCGUCGUCGCUGUCGGCUCGGCGUCCGCGUCCUCAGACUUCAACUUCAAAGUAGGCGAUAGAGUCAUGUGCGGUCUCCCGCUUCACCCGUGCGGCUCCUGCUUCGACUGUACUUCUGCACCAGAGACCUUUCGGCAGUAUUGCAGCCGCAUCGAGGGCCACGUCGGGGUCCAUGUGGACGGGUGCUUUGCGGAGUAUGUCAAGGUCGACGCGCGAUCUACCGUGCCGAUCCCAGAUGCCGUCUCGUUCCUCAGUGCCGCGCCGCUGGCGUGUGCUGGACGGACGGUCUGGAGGGGUGUGGUGCAGGCUGGGCUGAAGGAGGGCCAGUGGCUUGCGAUCCUGGGGUCAGGAGGCGGGCUAGGUCAUUUGGGGAUUCAGAUUGCCAAGGCUUUGGGCUUGCGCGUCAUUGGCAUCGAUGCGCGGGACGAGGGGUUGGAGUUGACGAGGACGAGCGGCGCGGAUGUGGUUCUUGACGCGAGGAAGAAGAAGGAAGAUGUUGUGAGGGAAGCGAAGGAUGCUGCGAAUGGAGGGGAGGCUUGUGCGGUGACAAAGAUGCAUGGGACGGUGGUGCAGAUUGCGCAGCCUGAUGAGGUGAAGAUCCCGUUCCAGGAAUUGGUAUUUCGGGAUGUGAGGGUGAAGGGGAGUUUGCUGUGUUCAAGGGAAGAGAGCGUUGGGUUGAUGGAGCAUGUUGCGAAGAAUGGGAUCAAGCUCAAGACGAACGUCUUUCAUGGGCUGGACAAGAUUCAUGAGCUUGUUGAGCUUGUGCACACGGGGCAGAUGAGCGGCAAGGCUGUGAUUGUGGUUGACGAGCAGCAGAUGAGGGAUGAGAAGAAGCUCGGUGCGAAGUUUUGA